GAAGAGACAAAUAGCAGAUUCCCUUUGUUGGGAGCAGGCAGUCUGUGCCAAGCUCUCAGUCAGUCAUUUUCAACCUUCUUCCAUUUAAACCCCUGCAAAUUCUCCUGUGGAGGUACAGGACUUUGUAUAGAUGCCUUUUCCCCCUGCAGCGAUAGCCAUACUGCUUCCCUUUCCCUUUGAGACUGCUGACUUAGAGGUCUACUACUUUCAACUUACAGGUCCCAUUUUUGAAAAUUAGUCUCUCAAGCAAUUUAACUCUGUUCAUUCACAUCUUCACUUCUUCUUUAAAACAAACAAACAAACAAACAAACACUCUCCUUCUCAUAAUACCUCUGUUCAGUCCCUAAAAAUACUGAUGUUAUUAUUGCAAUGUACCAGAUAAUUCAUACAUCAGGGUAGGAAGUGGCCCUGUGUCUAGAUCAGCCAGCAGCACGUGACAGCAAAUUGCAUUGCAAAGCACACCACAAGUUCCGGCUCUCUUGAAAUCACCUUUGUGCCUUGGCAUGGGACAAAAUCCAGUUGGGCCUCUGCACUUCUUUCCCAUAAAAGGAGUUUCUAAGUGUUGGGGAGCAAUAAAAUACUGGAAGCUGGAAGCUGUUGAGAAAAUAAAAUACUGGAAGCUGGAAGCUUUAAGACUCGGUGAGUUAAUGGCAGAGGAUCAUCAUAGAAUCAUCAUCAUAGAAUCACAAGGUUGGAAAGGACCUAUAAGAUCAGCUAGUCCAACCGUCCUCCCUUUACCAUACCUACAGGAAACCCCUAAACCAUGUCUCCUAGGAUGAGGUCCUACAGGCUGGCAUUGCACUAUUCUUCCAGAGGCUGAAAGGGUUAUGAGCCUUUUAUGCUCCACUCUGACUGUGAGUUUUAGUGAUUACAGUAAUAAAUUAGUACACUCUGGAGUUAUGUUGUGGCACAGCUUUCUCAUAUUUUUCAUCUGUUCAGCUGUAUUCACAGUUCCCUCUGCUGGAGUUGUCGGGGGAAGUGCAAAAGGUCCCAAGUUGAUAGGAAAAUUCCCAAAUAUAAUUAGUAGCAUCAACGGACCAAGGAGAUGCUGAAAAUUCACUUCAGUCUCACUCUUUCUCAAAGAAGGAGAAGGAAUAUGAGACACAGAAUGGGACUAUAAAUGAAAUCUCAAAAGUAAAGGAAAAAGAUGACUGAAAGAGGACAGACUUGAGGGUUUGAAUAUCUUUUAUUUAAUACAUUAUUUUAUGAUGGUCAAAUACUAGUGGGGUGCCCAGAUUGGUUGUGGAGCAUCCAUCCUUGGAGAUCUUCAAAACCCUACUGGCCAUAGCCCUGAACAUCCUGCUCUGGUUGGUUCCAAGGAAGGUGUUACAGCAGAUGGCCUCCAGAGGUCCCUGCUGAGUGAUUGUGUGGCUCUGCCAUUUUGGUAUCUCUUUCUAUUUUCCAAGAAGGAAGAGUGAACUGGGAGAACAAAAGAGAAAAGCAAAUCUUUCCUUUCUUGUCCCACAGCAUUAAUUCCUGUUAACCUUUCUAACUGUUGCCAACCUUGUCAACAUGAGCAAUCUCAUUAGCUCAGUAGAUUUUUAUGGUCCAAUAUCAAGGCCAAAUAUAAUUUUUCAGCAAAUCUGCUCUACUUCUGAGGUUUCCCUAGGUCUGGAAAUGAAGGGGUACAGAAAAAGCACCGAGGUACCAACAGGUUCUGUUUCCUCAUAGGGUCAGGAUUUAGCCAAAGUGCACAUCUCAAUCAGGAACUAGGAAAAGCUGCUGAGAUGUUCUGUGUAGACAUAGGCUAUGCACGCAUAAGUGAGGAUACUGUGGUAUACCCACAGAGAAGUAUGUGUGGGAAGAAGUUUAGCAGCCAUGCUGAACAGCUGCUCACAUUUACAAGAAAGAUAGGACCACAGUUUUAAAUGGAGUCCACACAUGAUGCACAUUAGCCAGUAAUGUCUGUGGGGUUGCCUGGAUUCCAAAAUGAGUCUGCUGAGCUUGAUAGCUGGGACAGGGAGAGGGACAGGUGCAACCCAGAACAGGGCUAUUCCUUUCCACUCAAAUCAGUGUUAAAGUUCAUUCAUGGAUCUAUGCUUUUCUCUGUCUGAGAGUACUCAGGAGUUGGAGAAAGCUUUACAAAAGCAUUUGGGGUUGAACUCAAAAGGCUGAUUCUCCUCUAAGUAAGUUUUUGGUACUCAAGUGCAAGACUGCAACUCUGAAAAGAUUUGCUACUUUGUUCCCUAAUCCAGGAGGUACCCCAAUUUGUAUGACUUUUCCCUCAUCCCCUUGCACCCAAAUGUAAGGCACUUGAAUCAAUAUAUAGUAAUGAAAUAUCACAUCUGUCUGUUGACAUAUGAUACGUGAAUGUGACUGGUAAAGUCCUAUUGCACAUGUGCCAACAGUUUAUAGCAGUUAGUCAGAGAAAAGUUGAAAAUGAAGAAAAAGGAACAUUUCCAAGCAGAGGAGGAAAUGGGUGGGACAAAAUGAACGAGAGAACAGGCUUAGUCUGCCUCCCCCCACUGAAAACAUGCAUAUAUAAGUAGUGAAGGAGGGAUUUCCUUUGCUCCCUGGCUGUCAUUCAUUCUCUGCUUCUCCUUGGGACCACACAGCAUCCCUCCAAGAUGUGGGCAAAGACGAUUACAGGAAAUUUUGCCAAUGUGAUUCAUGGUUUGAAUACAAACCACCUGACAGAUGUGGUCAUUCAGAGAAGCAAGCGAAUGAUUCUGGAUACCCUUGGAGUAGGACUUCUGGGUACCAGCACUGAGGUCUGCCAGAAAGUCAAACAGUACAGCCAGAUCUACAACUCAGAUAUAUCCAGCACCAUCUGGGGCCACUUGGAUUUCCGACUGCCUCCUCUGUAUGCAGCUUUUGUGAAUGGAGUGGCUGUGCACUCAAUGGAUUUUGAUGACACAUGGCAUCCUGCCACGCACCCAUCUGGGGCCGUGCUCCCUGCUGUGAUGGCUCUCACUGAGGCCUUUCCUCAGAAGAAAAAAAUCUCAGGUCUUGACCUGCUUUUAGCUUUCAAUGUGGGAAUUGAGGUGCAAGGCAGGUUGUUACGCUUUUCCAGCGAAGCCAGGAAUAUUCCCAAAAGGUUUCACCCACCAACAGUAGUUGGUACAAUGGGGAGUGCAGCAGCUUGCGCAAAACUGCUUGCUCUUAACCAGAUGAAAUGCAAAAACACCUUGGCUAUUGCUGCUUCCUACGCAGGUGCCCCACUGGCUAAUGCAGCGACUCAAACGAAGCCCCUCCACAUUGGCAAUGCUGCUAAGCAUGGCCUGGAAGCAGCUUGCUUAGCAUCACUGGGUCUUCAAGGAAACAAUCAUAUCUUGGACAUGGAGUCAGGGAUAGGUGCCUUUUAUACAGAUUACAACCCACAGACCCUGCCAACCUUGCAGUCCUAUCCCUGGCUGUUGGACCAGCAAGAUGUGGCCAUCAAACGCUUUCCUGCUCAUCUUGGAACGCACUGGGUGGCUGAUGCAGCGUCUUCUGCAAGGAGGAAGCUUGUCAAGAAUAGUGACGACUUGCUUCUCCUUGAUAAAAUUGAGAAAGUUAUUAUAAAAGUCCCAGAGGUCAAAUAUGUGAACAGACCCAGCCCUAACUCAGAACACGAAGCUCGGCACUCCUUCCAGUUUGUUGCCUGCUCUGCUUUGCUGGAUGGCAGCAUGUCCGUCCAGUCCUUUGCCAGUGAGAAGAUUAACCGGCCAGCCUUACAGGAGCUCCUCUGCAAAACACAGCUGGAACACCCUUCUGAUAACAAACCCAGCUUCGAGAGUCUUUAUUGUGAAGUGACUGUUGUGCUUCAGGAUGGCAACACAGUAAGCGACCGCUGCAACACGUUCUAUGGACACUGGAGGAAACCUCUGACAAAGCAGGACUUGGAGAAAAAAUUUCAAUCCAAUGCCUCUGCAGUCCUCCCUGCAGAAGCCAUAGAAGGUAUUAUAGAGACUGUGUACAAUCUGGAAAACAUAGAAGACUGUUCUGUAUUAAACAUGCUUUUGUCAGGACAGUCAGCUAGAGCACUUCCAGAGAAGCUGCACGUUGACCAUUCCAACCCGUAACGCAAAUGGAAUUCAGGAAAAGCUCUUAUUUAAUGAUGAAAGCACCAAGUAAAAAAUUUAGAGAUAGCAUGCACAGUUCAGUCAGAAGGGCUGAAGAUUAAUUUAGCUCUCUGUAUAUGAUUAUACUGCUAAAGGUAGAGCAAUGCCAGCAUGCUGCACAACAAAUAAUUGUUCCUCUUUCUGACAAUAAAAGCCUGCAUGUUCUGCUUCCACUUCAUCACUUCAUAAAGGAAUACAAAUUCAUGGAAAUGCUACUGUGAGAAACACCACUAUGAGGACAGAAAAUAGAAGCCUUUACAUAAGCAUUGCUGUACAUUUAGCUAUACAGCCUUCUUGAAGAGGCCACUUGCUAUGCCAGAGCUUUGAUGUUUGUGCUAAAAGAAAUACAGCAAGCACAGUAGUUGCACUUGACGCUCCAAAAGACAUCAGGCUUCACUAUGGAGACUGGCAUUCUGGCACCAGCUUGUAGAGCAAGAGGGACAACCCUAUGCUCCUAGUCCUAAAAGCAUUAUUUCCCAGCCCCAUCUUCUUGCUGCUUCAUAGUAUGGGUUUAGUACUGCCAUAUUCCCACUUCAAUUACAAGGCACUGGCUUAAGAAGAAAUUCAGCCCCACUUUCCCCAUCAGCAGCCAAAGAGAUGACCACACACUUUUGAGGAAAUGUGUGCUUAGGCCGUGAGGUAUUUAGGUAGGCAAGAAACACUUUAUGAUGAGCUAAGAUAUGAUAGUCUGAUUGCAUAAUGCAAUUUGCAUAAAUGCAAAUGUAGUUCUAUUAAAAGAUAUACUACACUCUCAUGAAUGGUUGAAAGUUAAACAAAACAGCACAUUAAUUACAACAGACUGAUCGAAACACAUCUUGAGACCACCUAGUGUCCAUAGGAACAGUCACCUCACCUGGACAAGCAAAUCUGUUCCCUCAACUCCUUCCACUUGUCUUAAAAUGUGUAAAAUGCACCUACAAAAACUUAAAUUACAAAAUAAAAUUAAUUUUAGUAAAUGAA